CGCAUAUAUACUGCUUAGAUUUUCUAUAUAAUUCUCUCUCUCUCUAUAAACACUACGAAGAAGACAAUCCAAUUGUUUUAAGAUCUUUCUUCUUUUUUGAAUUCUUCUUCGUUUUAGAUUCCAGGUCAAACACUUUGAUCGAUUCUCUUGCUACUAACUAAACUUCUCCGUGAUCGAAGUUUUUUUAAAAAUAAUUUUAUUUUAAUUCGACGAAAAAGCUUUUUUCCUUUUUUUUUCUCUUUUAUUCUUCCGGCGAUGGUUUUAUCGGCGAAGCAGGCUUUCUCUGCUAAGAUCGGAUUCUCCAAUCCACUUUUGCGACGAAGCCCUUCUUCCUCACUCCUGCGAUCUCCUGUUUCACUCUCGUUCCCAUCGACGGAGCUUCCAAAACGCACAGCGUUAGCCCUCUCGAAGCCUCUGCACAUCUCUUCUUUGAGAGCAAAGUCUCCGGUGAGAUGCGAAGCCUACGAAGCCGACAAAUCGGAGCCUCAGCCGAUCGAUGAUUCGGCGGCGGCGGAAACGAAAUCGGAGGCGGCAAAGAAACUGAAGAUCGGGAUUUACUUCGCUACUUGGUGGGCUUUGAACGUUGUCUUCAACAUCUACAACAAGAAGGUCUUGAACGCUUACCCUUAUCCAUGGCUGACCUCGACGCUCUCUCUCGCCGCCGGUUCGUUGAUGAUGCUCAUCUCUUGGGCUACUGGGAUCGUCGAGACUCCCAAAACCGAUUUCGAUUUCUGGAAAACUCUUUUGCCGGUUGCUGUGGCACACACAAUUGGUCAUGUGGCUGCAACGGUGAGUAUGUCAAAGGUUGCGGUUUCGUUCACUCACAUCAUCAAGAGUGGUGAACCGGCGUUUAGCGUCCUUGUCUCGAGGUUCCUUUUGGGUGAAACUUUCCCUACUUCGGUUUACCUGUCCCUCAUUCCCAUCAUUGGUGGUUGUGCUCUCUCUGCUCUUACUGAGCUUAACUUCAACAUGAUUGGUUUCAUGGGAGCGAUGAUUUCGAACUUGGCUUUCGUCUUUCGUAACAUCUUCUCGAAGAAGGGAAUGAAAGGGAAGUCUGUGAGCGGAAUGAACUACUACGCUUGUCUCUCCAUGUUAUCACUCUUGAUCCUCACACCUUUUGCAAUUGCCGUUGAAGGACCUCAGAUGUGGGUCGAUGGCUGGCAAAAGGCUCUCUCCGACGUCGGACCUCAGUUUGUCUGGUGGGUGGCUGCGCAGAGUGUGUUCUAUCACCUCUACAACCAAGUGUCUUACAUGUCCUUGGACCAAAUCUCUCCGUUGACAUUUAGUGUCGGUAACACCAUGAAACGUAUCUCUGUCAUCGUCUCAUCCAUCAUUAUCUUCCGCACUCCAGUCCAGCCCGUUAAUGCCCUUGGAGCCGCCAUUGCUAUCCUUGGAACCUUCCUUUAUUCCCAGGCAAAGCUUUGAUCGGGCAAGACAGGGAGUGUUCAAGUCCGAUGUUGAGCUCGUGAUUUCGGUGAAAACCAGGAAAAGGGGCUUAAUGUAGAUAUUUGUCCUGAAUAAUGAAGAAAUGAGAAUGGAGACGACAAUGUUUAGUGUGUUAGGCAGUUGUUUAAAUUGAGCUUUUUGGAUUUUUAAGUGUUUGAUUUUGGGGGAAAUGAGAAGAUCGCCUCUUUGUAACUAAAGGGAAUUAGAUAUUGUCUCCUUGCGAAUAAGACACCCCUAUACUCUCUUUUCAAUUAGGAGAGAAACAUUUACAAACAAAAUAGAGAAAAUCAUUUCGAGAUUAUUCCCUCGUUUAUACA